AUGGCAAGCCCAACCAAGAACUACGACGUCCUCGUCAUCGGCGCCGGACCAGCAGGUCUCUCAACAGUCCUCGGUCUUGCACGUCAGACAUAUUCUGCCAUUGUCUUUGACUCGCAACAAUACCGCAAUGCCUACGCGGAUCACAUGCACAACGUGGUAAUCUGGGACCACAAGUCGCCAGUCGAGUUUCGCGCAAGUGCACGAGCGAACAUCCGAUCCAAAUACAACAGCAUCCACUUCCAAAACUCCACGAUUGUGUCGGCAGCCAAGAAGGAGGAUGGAACAUUCGAGGUUACGGAUCAACAUCAGAUCAAGUACCAGGGCAAGAAGCUCGUCCUUGCCACGGGUGUCACAGAUAUAUUCCCGGAUAUCAAGGGUUUUGGCGAGUUAUGGGGCAAGUCAAUAUUCCACUGCUUGUUCUGCCACGGCUUUGAGGAGCGCGGUGCCAUAUCUGCCGGCGUCCUGGCGCUCGGAUUCAUCACGUCGCCUCCCAUGAUUCUGCACAUGGCCCGUAUGGCUUCUCCCCUUGCGAAACAUGUGACCAUCUACUGCCACGGCAACAAGGAACUCUCCACACAGUUGCAGAAGGAAUUCCAAGGCAAGCCGCUCACAAUCGAGCCGAGGAAGAUCGCUGCUCUGGAGCGCAGGGACGAGCAUGUCACGGUGCAUUUCGAGGACGGUGGCAGUAGGAAGGAGGCUUUCUUUGUCUCCGUCCCUCCAACGAAGAUCAAUGGUCCAUUCCACGAGCAAUUGCGCCUUGAUGUGGACCCCACGGGUUUCAUUAAAACAAAACCUCCCUUCAGUGAGACGAGCCUUCCUGGUGUUUUCGCUGCGGGUGACUGCGGUACGAUGAUGAAGGCUGUCCCUCAGGCAACUGCUAUGGGUUCGUUUGCUGCUGCAGGUUUGGUUGCUCAGUUAGGUGCCACGGGCAAGCUCUAG